UACCUUAGUGUCUUUGUGGCGUCGGUGUCGCGUCGGUGAAGGAGUAGGCGAAGAAGAAGGUGUCUUAGUUAGUGAAGGAUCAAAUUUGCAGCCGAGGAGCGAAGUUUCCGUCAUCGGUUCCCCACGUGGCGGAGAAAAUGUCUUUGUGAAGAGUCAAAAUUUCAGUUUCGUCCAGAAGUAAACUUAAAUUCUGAAGCAACGAGUGACUGAAAGCCCACAAGUUAAGUUAAAGAGCGAUCGACAGACUGAGUAUUGAAACAAUGGAUUGUAUAAAGGAGUUAUUUUCCCCAAACGCCUUCAACAGAAUCAGCCAUGUCGGAGUUGUAAUUUGGUUCAUGAUGGGUGUCAUCUUUCUUGGCAUUUUUUCCGAUAUGGAAAACACCGAAGGCAGGUUAGAUUUCCAUUGUGAUGCAGCGGAGCUUGAAAACCUCGACGACGUCCGAAAAAGAUGUUUCGAGAAAUACAAAAAGGAGAACAACAAAUACGGUUUCCCACCUUAUGGCUUCGUGAUCAUCAAUUACUUUCUUAUUGCCUUUGUAUGUGUUAUUUACCACCGACUAGUGAGACGUACAAUCGUUCAUCUGUCGCCGGACACUCGUUACAGAGAUCCCGAGAUACAGCCGCUGGACCAAGAGAACCCGACAACAAAUCGAUACAAACUUUUUGUCGCUUUUUGUUGUCAACUAUUCACGAGACUUGUUUUACAUGUCCUCUUCAUGGUCCUACAAACUCAGUUUCUUUAUUCUUCAAAGUUUUCUUCUGGGUUUUACUGUCAUUUAACCUCUGAAACCAGUCAACCAAAUGCUUCAUCUAACGCUGUCCAAACCUCUACUUUUCACGAUUGUCACAAUCAGCGAGCACAAAGGAAAAACUUCUGGUUGAAAGCUGUCCUUGCAGUGAAUGGAAUUCUCGUCGCUCUCAUUCUGAUUGAAACCGUCUACAUUUUGUUACGGGCAUGGAAACAAAGGAGUUUCAUGGAAAACUCAAAGUUUCUAAGAACCCAUCUUAAUCCCAGCUAUGGCAUGUCGCAUCAGAGACCUCAAAGGCAAGAACGAAGAACAGAACACGAGACUGUUCCACUACAGUCACGUGAGUGUGAAAGCCGUCCGACCCAAGGUGAUAAUGUCCUAUCACGUCCACGAAACCAAAGCGAGUUGCAUCCAGAACCUCGACGGCCAAAUGGAGAAGUUGAGGGAAGGAGCCGACAUCGCAACCCCGAACGGCUUCGACGAUUCAUCGAGCAAACAAAGAAAAUAAUCAAAAGUGACACCCGUCGUCUCCCCGAACUCCACGCACCAUUUGCAGGUCCUCCAGGCGAACCAUCAGGAGCUAGAGAAUUCACUAUGGAUGAGAUUUACACCAAGUUUGUAGUCAUCCCCAACAGGGCUAUCUACAACUUUACUGCAGACAGGCAACAGCAACUCCAUGCUUAUACAAGGUCACGCGAGGAAUCACAACCUAAAAGCCUGGAAGACCUCCUCGAUGUUAAUACGAAAAAAGUUUUGAUUGUUGGUCGACCCGGAAUCGGCAAGACAUUUUGCUGUACUAAAUUUUUCAGAGACUGGGCGUUUGAUCAAGUUUUUAAAAUUCAUUUUGAUGUUGCUUUCUUAGUUAGAUUCAAGAGAUUCGACUCGUCAAAGGAACUUAGUUUAAGAGAACUACUCACACUUUCAGAACAUUCCCCAUCAGAUCACUUGGAUGAUGAGGUCUGGAAAUACAUCCUGCAGCACCCGGAAGGUGUUCUCAUCAUUUUUGAAGGAUUCGACCAAUUCAAAUAUAACGCAAACAUGGUCGCGUCGCCCUUUCGUCCCGGAAGCGUGGAAGAGAAAAUGCCGUUCCAAAUCCUAUAUGAGUGGCUCGUAACCGGGAGACUUCUUGAAGAUGCUUCCGUUGUGACGACUACGAGACCUACGGCGUUAUCAAGCAUCUCACAUCUUACGUUCGACAAAACCUUUGAAAUCCUGGGCUUUUCAUCCGAACAAAUUGAAGAGUAUGUCCGCAAAUUCGCCGGAGAUGACAAGCAAACAGGUGAAUUACUAUGGCGACACAUCAGCAGCGACAUCAACUUACUUUCGUUUUGUUAUGUCCCGUUGCAUAGCUUCAUCAUGUGCUCGAUUGUAUGGCAAAUACUGAUGUUCAACAGGUCCGCUGAAGUUAACGUUCCUUCCCUAUUAGUAAAGGUUUACAAGAUUGCAAUGAAGUUGCUUUACUAUAAACAUACAAAAGGAUUCCGCGAAAAAUAUUACUCACGAGGAGAUUUUGAAUCAGACGAUUUGCCCACCCAAGUGGAGGAGAAAUUCAGAAUACUUGGAAGAGUGGCGUUUGAAGGAAUCAAUGAAGGACAGCCGAUCCUUGGAGGAAACGAAGUAGAUGGAGUUGAAGACAGUGUUUUUUUCCACCGCUUACCCAACCGUCUAACUGCUGCGUCAGAACAAGAACAGUUCUGUUUCAUUCAUCUAACAAUACAAGAGUUUUUCGCUGCGAGGCACCUAGCCACCACCAUGAAUGAAACAGAAUUGAGGAACUUUAUUUCCGAGAACAACCAGGACGGCAGAUGGCAACUGGUUUUCAGGUUCCUAGCAGGACUACUUGUGAACCAUUGAACAACUAUGAUUCGCUACCGACCUUCUUCCCGUAGAAACUGUGUGGCUACUGAGAGUAGGAAUGACCUAAAAUGACUUAAAAUGAUCAACACUAAUGUUUUCUAAUUAUAUAAUUUUCCUAGUUUUCAUACAAUUGCGACAAGAGGUUGAGAAUAGUACGAAACGUUCCUUAUGAUCCAACUGUAGUCUUCGAGUCAUCAUCAGAAAGUUUUGAAACAUCUUUCAUGCUUGUUAUCUUUCGGUAAUUUUCAUCAACGCCGGGGAAGUCUUCUGAAACCUUCCGCGGUCAUUUGUCUCUUGGUAGUCGGUUAUCUUUACCAUCUGAAAUCCACUCGUUCAUUUGAGUCGUCACGCAAUGCUUCUGCCCAGAGAAACGUUGCAUGACGACUAACAAACGACGGGUGGUGGGGAGCUUACCUAUCACGCCUCGGUUUUUCGAAGGAUGGAUAACGCUAUCUUCUGGAUAAACUUCUAUCCGGUGGAUAUGCACUACAUUUUGUUUCUACUUAUCCGCUGGAUAGCAAUUUAUCCAUUGGCUAGCAUCGUCCACCCCUUGAACAACUGGGCCCUGACUCUAAUUCGUUUUACUGUAAUUUGUAAUUCGUUUCAGAUCGCUGAAAGUUUAUUUACUUCUAGGUAAUUGUCUUGGAUCGUUGUUCUAUCGUGUCGGUUGGUCGUUGAUCAUUUUAGAUUAUGAUUGCUCUCUCAUAGCAGCUGAUUUUUCUUCAUUUGUUAAUGUAAAUAAGAAUGUCCAUAAGAAGGUUCACUUACAUUUUGGAAUACAGUAGCAUUGACCCAUUAGGUUGUUAACUAGGUAGUAUUCAAAUACCUGAUAGGAAACCGACUCUGACCGAACUACAACCAGUCAAACAGAACGUUAAAUUUGUAAAGCGCACAUCGCGGCAGCAAGAUUAUUUGAAAAGGUUCCAAUUUCGAAAAGAGGAAAAGCUAGUCAUAACACAUGUUUAUUGAGAGCAAAGCAUGUCAAACGUUUUUAAGAAGCAAUAACACUGCAGAAAAAAACAGCUUUUUUGUAGGGUGAGAUUGAUCUUGUAAAUAUUAGUGUAUUUUUGCGCAAACUUAAGGCCUGUUACUAGUAUGAUAAUAUGAAAUAUCGAUGAGUUGUAUUGCAGCAUCACAAGAUAAAGCUUUCAAUAAUUGUAAAGCCAGAAGACUAUAGAUCAGUGUAGAAUAAAUUUUGUAAAACGAUU